UCCGAGAAGACUCUCCCUUCAUUAAAACCUUUUCUGCGCCUCUCUCACUACUAAUAACAAACCUACAAACAAACAAACAUCAAACCGAACUAAAUUUCCCAAUUCCUUAAACAACUCAUUCCACUCUUAGAUACCCACAAAAAUCACUUCUUCAACUAUUGAUUAUCAUCAAAGAUUUCAGUUUUUCAAUCAAGAACUGAAAGGAGGAAUCAGAGCCCUCAAGUAGGGUGAAGUUUCCUCUUGAAAAAUGCUUAGUAUCUUCAACAAAAACCUCCGGCGACUCUGCUCAAAGUUCCGGUGGCCGGUGCGCCGCCGUUCAAAACCGAAAGUCAUUAUCAAAAGGUUCGGGAAAUCUAAUUCCAGAACUCAAGAUAUAUCAAACACAAAUGGGUCAGCCACAAUUCAUCCAAAUAAUCAUUUGGGGAAAUCAGAAACCCCAAUCCGAAUCGCAACUUUUAAUGCCGCUUUGUUCUCCAUGGCACCAGCAGUUCCAGAGUUGACUGAAAAAGCUUCAAGCUUUGACUAUGGCGAAGACGAACAAGAUUACAGUAGUAGGGUACCAUCAAAUUGCUCUGUUUCUUACACCAAUUCAAGAUCAAAAUCAAUGAUUGAUCGUCCCAAAAGUAUAUUAAAGCAAUCACCAUUGCAUUCAAGCAGCUCCAUGAGCAGUUCAGAAACUGUAUCAAAACAGCAGAAAUUCGCAAAAUCAAAGCUAAGAGUUUCAAUCAAUUUACCCGACAACGAGAUCUCACUGAAGCGAAGUGGGCAGUUAAGCUUCGCCAUAGACGAAACGGAAGAAGGCCCGAGUUCAAAAACUAUUAAUUCGAAGGGUAUAAGUAGGAUUUUAAAAGGGAAAGGUGUUUUAAGAUCACAAAACAGUUUUUCUUCAAAAGAAUCUGAAAAUCAAAGAGGGAAAGGUUAUAGGUCAACGAAAACUGUUCUUGAAGUUUUGAAAGAAUUGGAUGCAGAUAUAUUAGCUUUACAGGAUGUUAAAGCAGAAGAAGAGAAAGAUAUGAAGCCAUUAUCGGAUUUGGCUGCUGCUUUGGGCAUGAAUUAUGUUUUUGCCGAGAGUUGGGCACCGGAAUACGGCAACGCGGUUUUAUCAAAAUGGCCGAUUAAACGAUCCAAAGUUCAAAAGAUUUUUGAUGAUUCCGAUUUCAGGAACGUAUUAAAGGCAACAAUUGAUGUUCCACAAACUGGAGAAGUUGAUUUCCACUGUACACUUCUUGAUCAUCUUGACGAAAAAUGGCGUAUGAAGCAGAUAAAUGCCAUUAUUGAAUCUAAUGAGAGACCACAUAUUUUAGCCGGAGGUAUCAACUCUCUUGAUGAAACUGAUUACUCACCCGAAAGAUGGACAGACAUUGUAAAGUAUUAUGAAGAAAUGGGAAAACCGACACCAAAAGUUGAAGUGAUGAAGUACUUGAAGAACAAACAAUACACCGACGCUAAGGACUUUGCAGGAGAAUAUGAAUCGGUAGUCAUCAUCGCGAAAGGCCAAAAUGUACAAGGCACGUGUAAGUAUGGUACAAGGGUAGAUUACAUAUUGGUGUCACCCGACUCUCCAUAUAAAUUUGUUCCGGGUUCAUAUAUGGUUUUAUCAUCAAAAGGUACUUCUGACCAUCAUAUAGUCAAAGUCGAUGUAACAAAGGUAGAGGUGCCACCUCCACAACAAUACGUUAGAUCAAGGCAUCAUCGACAUUCUAAACAAAAAGUUGUGAAAAUAACAAAUUCUAAUUCAUCAAAAGGUGUAUGGAAGAUGCAAACGUUAGAUAGAUCAUAGAUAUAUAGAUAAAUUAAUAUUGAGAUAGUUACUAUAUUACUAUUAUAUACAUAUAUUUGUUCUUCUUUCUUUUUGAGUUGAAAUACGCUUUGGUAUGUGAUUUACACUUUUACAGGAGAGUAACUUGUCCAUGUAAAAAUUUGAUGCAUUUGUGUAGUUUGAUUACGUAUUGUGAACUGUGAGCGACUUUUGAUAUAUUAUAUGAUAUGAUAAAAGAUUUAUUCUCAAGUCAA